AUGGCGAGCGACGCCAGGCUGGCAGCCUGCGUGAUUGUUAGGGAUUGCGGGCACAUUUUUCAAGGGCUGAGGUCGAUGGUUGAUGUGGCUGGUGGCACCGGGACUAUGGCCAAGGCUUUUGUCGAUGCUUUUCCUGAGUUGGAGUGUAGCGUGCUCGACCUCCCGCACGUGGUUGAAGGGUUGGAAGGGAGUCAGAAUUUGAGAUUUGUCGGGGGAGAUAUGUUCGAGUCUAUUCCGCGUGCCGAUGCAGUUUUCAUGAAGUGGAUAAUGCACGACUGGUCGGAUGAGGAUUGUGUGAAAAUACUGAAGACAUGCAAGGAAGCUAUCCCGAGUAGAGACGAAGGAGGAAAAGUGAUUGUAAUCGACAUAGUUGUGGAUGACGAGGUAGAGAACGAGAAACAGAAUAAGUCACUGGCAAUGGAGAAUCAACUCUUUUGGGACAUCGAGAUGAUGGUUAUGACCGGGGGAAAGAGAGAACCGAGAAAGAAUGGGCGAAGCUUUUUUGUGAGGCUGGCUUCACGAGCUACGAGAUUGCGUGUGUGCUAG